UGGCGGUGGCGAGUGGCGACUGGCGACGGCGGAGUGGCGGAGUGCGCGACCGUGCGCUCAGCGCUGUGCGUGCCAGUGGCAAAGGUAAGAUGGCGGCGGACGGAGAUGCGGUGAUUCCGGACCAGGAAAAAGUGCGAAUAGUCUCGGAUUUUAUAUUGCACUCGCCGCCGGGCGAGUUCAACGAGGUGUUCAACGACGUGAGAGUCCUGCUGAACAACGACAAUCUGUUGAAGGAGGGCGCGUCCGGCGCUUUCGCUCAGUACAACAAGGACCAGCUCACGCCUGUUAAGAUAGAGGGAAGUGAGCACCCAGCGCUUAUAACGGAACACAAUGACUUGGGUUCUCAGAGGUUUUACGACGGACGGAGUAAGCAAAGUUUUAAAUAUGAUCAUCUGAGGAAGGAGGCGCAAGACUAUGAACCUUAUGAGCCAGAUCCCAUAGCGGAGCCCUGGAGGUCAGCCCUUCAAGAAGAGAUAACGAAUUAUACUCAAAGUCAUUACAGACAUGGCGCUUGCUCAGUUUUUGGAAAAUCCUUUGGAGGACACGUAACGUUAACGGCGUGCAUAGAGGAUCAUCAGUUUCAACCUAAAAACUUCUGGAACGGGCGCUGGCGUUCAGUGUGGACCGUCAGUUUCACCCCGAAUUUGGGUAACGCCGAAAUGAGGGGUAGCCUCAAAGUACAAGUACAUUAUUACGAGGACGGGAAUGUACAAUUGGUCAGUAGCAAGGACGUGAAGGAGAGCCUGCCGAUCUCGAACGAGAAGCAAACGGCGAAGGAUUUGAUACGGUUUGUCGAAGAAUCCGAAAACGAUUAUCAAACGGCAAUUUCUGAGAACUAUCAAACGAUGUCGGACACCACCUUUAAGGCGCUGCGAAGGCAAUUGCCGGUAAUGCGAACAAAAAUCGACUGGAACAAAAUCGUGUCGUACAGUAUUGGCAAAGAGCUUAAAAGUCAAUAGAAAUAGAUUUUUUUAUAUUAAAAGAAAUAAUUAACAAAAAAAGCGCAUUUUGCUGCAUGAGUGAAGUCUGGAGGUGUGAUGUGCAUGGGAGCAAAUUAUAACAUUAUUAAAUAACGUUUGAUCAGAGAUAUUCGACUCAUGCAUGCCACUCAAGAUUCUUCUCGACUCCGUACUGUAUGUUGUUACAAAAAGCAAUAAAAUAAGGAGGUUAACACUUUUGGCGUUGUCAAUUGUCUCAAAAAAAUUAAUUGUGAAAACAUAACUUCUCCAAAUAAUUCUAAAUAAGUUUGUCAUAAAGUAACGUAAUGUAUGGCUUGAUUAUUUCUACAAACGUGCUAAUUAUUGUAAAAUUGAGAAUCAACAUCCGACAGUGGAACUUUUGUACAAUCAUGCUAUUUCUUCACUUUAAUUUUUUUUCAACCAUUUUCCUUAAAACUAUAUCCGUGAUAUUCGCAUUGUGCAGCAUAGUGCAAGAUAUAAUCUUUAACUUUGAAUGGACUUGAAAAUGAUAAUAACUAUCAAAGUAAAAGAUCUAUUCACUAUUUAUAAAAAAAAGGCCCGGUUUUUCAUUCUCUGGUUAAUUUGUAGUUUAGGCUUAACCUAAAGUUUAAAAUAAAAAUUGCGUUUUUCAAUUCAUGGUUGAUCAUUAAACUAAUAGUUUUGUAGUGCUAACUUUUACUAUCAGAAAACUUUACUGGUUAACUUCUGGUUUUACUAGAAGAUCUUAACCGAUCUUAUAGCUUUUUUAUGCUGAGGUAAACAGAAUUUGAGUUUUGUGCAUAUUAUUAACAAUAUUAACCCUUCGUGGUCACACUAUCUACAGUGCCAUAUAACCUAUAAAAAGACCCUUAAUGGUCUAUAAAGGUUGACGGCACGUUAAAUAUCCCAAAGAAAAAAACUACUGUUUCAAUGGCCACACCGGGGUCAAAACGACCCCAGCGACUUUAAUCGGCUGCCGUAUUUACAAUUUUCAUUAUUUUGACUUGAGAAAAUUACUGAACCUUCUUUAAAUGUUGUAAAAUCUGUCGCAAUAUUAAUUUUGUUAAUGAAUUUAAUAUUAAAUAUUGAAAAAAAUCGUAAAAAUUAAGCUUGGAGUUAGUAUAAUUUUUCUUUGAAAAAUUUUUGGAGUCAUGCUGACCCCAUAGUGACCACAAAGGGUUAAUCAACAUGGAUUUCAACAAUUUUGAUGUAAACGUUUAUAGCAGUAAUGAAGAACUUAUAAGAGACCUAAAAUAUUUCGGUGUAAAUCGAAUUAUUUUGAUGAAUUAGAUGAUCUCGAUUUCUUUUCUAAAUUUCAACUAUCAAAGCCGACAGUCGAAGGACAGAACAAUGUAUAUAAAUUAAUAUUAAUAUUUUCUUGUUAAUCGCAGUAGCUAGUUUGAGAACUGAUAUUUCAAGAUAAAUCCAUUGUUAUACGUUAUAAUUAUAUUUGUUAUUAUAUGUUAUAAUUCUAAUUGUUAUUAUAUAUUAUAAUUGUACUUGUUAACAUUAUAAUUCUCUACAGCAAAAGAAUAUAAUACCUCCGUUAUCCAUUACUUGCAUUUUCGUGGCCAAACUUGCAUUUUUUCUUGCUCGCAUAGGCUGCGUUCGCUUUGGAAAGCAUUACUCUAUCUUCUUUCAAUAUGUAAUGAGCAAUAAAGAUAGACUGACGCUUCAGCACAAAAGCACCCAAAGCAAACGCAGCCAUAAUAACUAUCAUUAGCUUAUGUGUAACAAAUCCUCUGUAAUUAUUUAUGAUAUUCAAUUUAUAUUCUUUUGUAUCGUCUCGAUUUCUGCUUUCACAGUUAUAUAAUAGCACUAAAACUUAACUAAAACUUUUAUUUUCAACAUUAUUCUUGAUUUAUUGUAUUUAUCUAUAGUAAAUGUUGCAUGAACUAUAGAUACCUACUAUUACAUGAACUAUAGUUUUGUUUGAUUUGUAAUACCAACAUCAGAAAUUUUUUGAUGGGCAAAGUUUACCGAAAGUUGAUUAACCGAUGACAAACAAUACAUUGAAAAACGCAAUAUAACAGCUCACCUGAAAGUUAAUCUUCAAGUAAAAGCAACCUGACUAGAUAAAACCUUCAAAUGAAAAACCGGGCCAAUGGUAAUGGGGAUCCUUGUUCUUAUGUUAAGUGAUUGAACUGAAGUUGAAUUCAAUGUAUUGAAUAGCUUGAGAUUGUGAGACAUAAAUAGCGAAAAAUAAAUUUAAACUAUAAUCAUGUAGUUGUGAAGUAAUGAGCAGAUAGAGGCAGUUUUUCACAAUUGACAAAAUUUAUAAAUCCUUACGAACUUUAUCAAAAAUAUAGUAACAUCAGUGAUGUCUCAUAAUUAUUUAUACAAUUUAUAUAAUAUAUAAUUAUAUUUUACUUAUAUAACGCUUUUUUUCUCUGGAGGAAAUUGUAUCUUGUAUAUUAUUAUAAUAUAUAAAUGAAAUUAAUACACGAUAUAUUAUUCACUGAGGUUAUUAUCUUAUUGAUAAUCUUGUCAUUACAACUACAUCAAUCUGCUCUAGCACAAUUUAUCUGUCACUCGAUGGUUCACCCUGACUCAAAGCAAAAUAAUUUUAAUUAUUUUAUUAUAGACAUAUUUCUAUCUGAAAUAUUAAAGACUAUGAUAUGUUGUUUACGUUUUAUUGAUAUAAAUUGUAUAAUUGUGGAACGUGAAUAGAACCUGUAAAAAAAAAAA